AUGAGAAUUAUAGCAAUGUACCUCCUGAAAUACCAUCCUGAAAAUCCUCUGUUCGUUUCCUAGAAUUAUGAGUUGUCGUUUGUGAAUUGGUUUUAGCGUCCAUUCUUUAAAGAAACUCUCAAUUUCGGAGCAAGAACAUGUGCAGCACGAGCAAAACCUGGUACCAGAUGUGCAGUCACUAACCAAGAGGCUCAUGCGGUGUCCUAUAUAUGCAUUGACAAAAAUAAUCUAGCAGCUCUUGUUAUUGCAGAUGAUUAAUACCCUGAAAAAGUAGCAUUUAUGGUUAUUCAAAACAUGUACUAAGAAUACUAUCGCCAAUACAAUUCCAUGUUCUUGGACACCAUAGUCGCUGAUCAAAACUUAAAUAUUCCAAAAUUCGAAGAAUUCAUCAAACUCUAUCAAGAUCCAAAGGAGGUUGACAAAUUACUCAAGAUUGAGAAUACUCUUAAUGAGGUUACUAUGAUAGUGCAUUAGUCUCUUGAUGAUCUUUUAAAAAGAGGAGAGACAUUGGAAUCAUUGAUGGCCAAAUCGAAAGACAUGAGUAGUGUGAGUUUGGACUUCUACAAAAAUGCUAAAAAAACAAAUAACAAAUGUUGUAGUUUGUAUUGA